GAGUAAAAGCAAAAAUCAUAUUUAAGAAGGUUGUGCACCAACCGACAAACCAGUUAGCCGGUUCAAGUAAAAGGAUUGUCUCAUCCGAUUUCCCAUCUGCAUUUGGCAUUUUUUGAAUCUUUGAUUUCAAAACUCCAGUCUCCAUCUCAAUUCCCCUCUCUGUUUUUCCUUUGUCUUUAAUAUGGGAUUCAUUGUUAACUUCCUUUUUAUUGCUGUUUUCAACCUAUGGCUCGUCCACGAGGUGGCUAGUUCAAUGAACAUCAGUAGCAGAAGCCAUGGACGUGAUCAAGGUUACUCUCGGUUCCUUCUAGACGACGGGGUUGCUCGUACUCCUCCAAUGGGAUGGAAUAGCUGGAACCAUUUUCAUUGUGAUAUAGAUGAGAAGACUAUCAAGGCUACUGCCGAUGCUCUUGUUUCAACUGGUUUGGCAGGACUUGGAUACAAGUAUGUAAAUCUUGAUGACUGUUGGGCUGAAGGGGAAAGAGACAAGAAGGGUAAUUUAAUGUCCAAAGCCACUACCUUUCCUUCUGGCAUUAAGGCCCUUGCAGAUUAUAUUCAUGCUAAAGGCUUGAAACUUGGGAUAUAUGCUGAUGCUGGUAAUAGAACCUGCAGUGACAGAAUGCCUGGCUCUCUUGGUCAUGAAUAUCAAGAUGCAAGAACUUUUGCAGAAUGGGGUGUUGACUACUUAAAGUAUGACAACUGCUACCAUGACGGUUCCAAAAAUCGAAAAAGAUACGCUGUGAUGAGUCGGGCAUUGCGAAAAGCUGGCAGGCAAAUUCUUUACGCUUUAUGCGAAUGGGGACAAGAGGAUCCAGCAAAAUGGGCAGGUUCAUAUGGCCAUGCUUGGAGGACUACUGGGGAUAUUAAUGACACCUGGGCAAGCAUAACGUCGAUUGCAGAUGCAAACAACAUUUGGGGAGGAUAUGCGGGACCUGGCAGGUGGAAUGAUCCUGACAUGCUGGAAGUGGGCAAUGGAGGGAUGAAUGUUGAGGAAUAUCGUUCUCAUUUCAGUCUUUGGGCUCUUAUGAAGGCUCCUCUGCUCAUUGGAUGCGAUGUUCGAUCUGCAAGCAAAGAGACUCUAAGUAUCCUUGGAAACAAGGAAGUGAUAGCAGUUAAUCAGGAUCCACUAGGAGUUCAGGGGAGGAAAAUACGAUCCAAAGGUGGCCUAGAGAUUUGGGCAGGGCCAUUAUCAGGGAAAAGGGUGGUGGUAGUGUUAUGGAACAGAAGCCAAUGUAGGGCACCUAUAUCUGUGGGAUGGAGGGAAAUUGGACUCUCUCUCUCAAGUCCUGUCACUGUUAGAGACUUGUGGAAGCACUCAUUUGUUUCAAUGAAAAAGCGCUAUAGAAUGACUGCAUACGUUCCUGCUCAUGGUUGCAAGAUGUAUGUUAUGACGCCAUUGAAAGGUUGAAGGAGGCGCUUAAAACGUACAAGUUUGGCGUCAGAAAAGAAGAAUUCUCAUUUGAGAUAACUUAAUUUGGGAUAAUUUAGUGGAUGUCUAUUUUUAUUUUUUAGCUUUUUUAUUUCUU